AUGGUCCAUCACGUUACCACUACCAGGCGCUUCGCCAGUUCGAACGUUACCACUAACAGUCGCUGUUAUUCCCCGUCGACGACGGCCCCAAGGCUUAGCCCGCGCGUAGCGGCGACACGGCUCGUGCUCGUCUUGGCCGUCGUCGCUCUCUCUGUCCACGCGAGCUGGGCUGAAGACACCUCUGUAGCGUUUAACGCCGUUCAGCUGGCGGCGCUAGACGCGCUGAAGGUGGAGUGGGGCGCGUUCUCGUACAGCACCUCGUGGACCAGCACGGCGCAGUGCCUACUGUACCCCAAGUCGCCCAAGGUCGCGGUGCGCUGGGGGCUCAACUGCGACGCGGACGGGAACGUCAUCCGCCUUGACUUGCAUGGGCUGGGCUGUGUGGGUUCCUUCUCCACCAGUCUCAGCAAACUGACCGCGCUCACCAUGCUAGAUUUGAGUUUCAACAGCAUAACAGGCUCCAUUCCAGACUUCAUAUCCACCCUGGAUAAGCUGCAGUUCCUGAGUCUCAACUACAUGCCGUUAACAGGCUCGUUACCCUCAGGUCUUGCCAACCUGCGCUCUCUCAAUUACCUGGGAGUGUCCAACGCGCAACUCACAGGUCCCAUCCCGGCCGCAUUUCGAAACUUCAAAUCUCUUGAAACACUUUCUCUGGCCAACAACCAGUUGACAGGCGCCCUUGGGGCCUUGCCUUACAUGACACACCUCAGAGACAUCUACCUAUCCAGCAACGCGUUUACAGGCUCCCUGCCCGCAGCACUGGCCAACGCCGCCUCUCUACACAACAUAGACGUGAGCAACAACCGGCUGUCGGGCAGCAUACCUGCAGCGUAUUCCAAGCUAAAGAAACUUGAGUCCUUUAACAUCAGUGGUAACCAGAUCACAGGCACCAUCCCAAACGCAUUCACCAGUGGAAACAUCUGGGCUCUUGACCUAUCUUCCAACACGUUGUCAGGAGCCCUACCCAAGUCUAUAAGCAACCUCCCUCGCAUUCAAUUACUAAAUACGCAGGCCAACUCUCUCACAGGCAAGAUACCGGCAUUCAAGUCCCCGCAGCUGGCCGGGCUAAACGUAGCAAACAACUAUUUCUACGGGCCAGGCAAGACAGCAGAGAUGAAGGUGGCGGUGCAGGGUUGCGCGCAUGGCGAGCUGGACGACAUCUAUGCGACGAUCGACCACAUGCGACGGCAGCGAGGCAUACCCAUAGACCUGCUGCUGUGCUGCGGUGACUUCCAGGCCAUCCGCAACACGGGGGACUUGGAGUCGCUGGCGUGCCCGCCCAAGUACCGCAGCAUGAACAGCUUCUGGAAGUACUAUGCCGGCCGAGAGACACCCCCCGUGCCGACCGUCUUCGUGGGCGGCAACCACGAGGCCUCGAAUUACCUCUGGGAUCUCUACUUCGGUGGGUGGGCGGCUCCUAGCAUAUACUUCCUGGGCUUUGCAGGGGUGGUGCGGUUUGGGGGGUUGCGCAUAGGAGGACUGUCGGGGAUCUACAAGAGCCACGACUUCCGCCUUGGUCACUAUGAACGCCCUCCCUACAACGACUCGCAGCUGCGAUCCAUCUACCACGUGCGUGAAUACGACGUCACCCGCCUCGCCGCCCUCACAUCCCUCCCCUCCUCCCUCCCCUCCUCCCUCUCCUCCUCCUCUUCCGCCGCCAACGGCUCUCUCCCAGCCUCCGCUAACGGGUCUCACAUGGACGUGUUUCUCUCGCACGACUGGCCACGCGGGGUGGAGCAGCACGGGGACACGGCGUCUCUGCUGCGCGCCAAGCCCUUCUUCCGCGGGGAGGUGGAGCGGAAUGCGCUAGGCAGCCCUGCAGGCGAGACGCUGCUGCACACUCUGCGCCCGUCCUACUGGUUCUCUGCACACCUGCAUGUCAAAUUCUCCGCGCUGGUCAAACAUUCUCCCGCUGCUGCUGCUUCUCCUGCUCCUGCCGGUGUAUCCUUAUCCUCCUCCUCCGCCUCCCCCUCCUCCUCCUCGGGCGUGACUCGCUUCUUGGCCUUGGACAAAUGUCUUCCUGGCAGGCAAUUUCUACAGGUGAUUGAUUUCCCGGACAUUCCCUCCUCGCAAGCAGCUGCUGAGCACGGCUCUGCAGCAGCAGCACCACCGGUCUUGGAGUACGACCCGCAAUGGCUCGCUGUCACGCGUGCCUACGCGCCCUACCUGCCGCUCUCCCAUGCGGGAGCUGUCUACCCUCCAGGGGGAGUCUCCGUCCAGCCGCAUCUGGACUGGGUGGCACAGCGUCUCGCCCAGCAGCCUGGUGGUGCGGCCAUCCCUGCUAACUUCACUCCCACUGCUCCGCCCUAUGACCCUGACCGGCCACAUGCGCGUGUGCCCACCUCCUCCGUCACAACUCUCAACCCACAAACGGCAGCGUUUCUCGACCUAUUGGAUCUCCCUCACUCCACUUUUCUCCGGGGAGGGUCCCCCUCACCCUCCCCAGCAGCACCUCCACCAGCCGCUGCUGCCAGCCCCACUAUUUGGAACAGCGACUCGUGCCCUCCAGACACGUAUGAGGACCCUGAAAGCAUACCUGCUGAUGGAGAUGCAGACGAUGAUCCUGAAUCCCUCCGCGCGCCUGUGGUGCUUCGGCUUGUCGCCGUAAAACCUCUUGAAAUUCCCCUUGCUCAAACUCCCUCAAAACUCAUUCGUACCAACGUCACUCCCUCUUUUUGUCCAGCAACGUUCGCAACACUCAAGUGUCGCGUUGCUCAUCAACAUCCUCCCCGUUUUCCUCCCCUGCCUCAGCUCCUAUCCGUUCCUCCUCGCCCGAUCCAAGUCCGUCGCUUCGACAGACCCAUCUCUGCUCCAAACACCACAGAUCCCCUUAAUCACGCGAAUCCCGCCACCAUGAGCGGAAGCGGAAACGGGGUCGUCGCGACCUACAAUGGAACGGCGGAGGCGGGCGGCGCGGGGACGUUUUCGGUGAAGGCGGGCCUGGCGCAGAUGCUCAAAGGCGGCGUGAUCAUGGACGUCGUCAACGUGGAGCAAGCGCGUAUCGCGGAGGAGGCGGGCGCCGUCGCAGUUAUGGCGCUGGAGCGGGUGCCGGCGGAUAUUCGCGCGCAAGGCGGCGUGGCGCGCAUGAGCGAUCCGCAGAUGAUCAAGGAGAUCAAGAAGGCCGUCACCAUCCCCGUCAUGGCUAAGGCGCGCAUCGGGCACUUCGUCGAGGCGCAGGUUCUCGAGGCGAUCGGCAUUGAUUACAUCGACGAAUCGGAGGUGCUCACGCCCGCAGACGACGUGAACCACAUCAACAAGCACCGCUUCGCCGUGCCCUUCGUCUGCGGAUGCCGCAACCUGGGGGAGGCGCUCCGGCGCGUGGCGGAAGGCGCGGCGAUGAUCCGCACCAAGGGGGAGGCGGGCACCGGGGAUGUCAUCGAGGCCGUCAGGCACGUCCGAUCCGUGCAAGGGGAGAUCCGACGGCUCAAGGCACUCGACGAGGAUGAGCUCUACGUUUUCGCGAAGGAGCUGCGCGCGCCGCUGGAUCUGGUGAAGCAGACGCGGGAGCUGGGGAGGCUGCCAGUGGUCAACUUUGCGGCGGGUGGCGUCGCGACGCCCGCGGACGCCGCCAUGAUGAUGCAGCUGGGUUGCGAUGGCGUCUUUGUGGGCUCGGGCAUCUUCAAGAGCGGGGACCCAGCCAAGCGCGCACGCGCCAUUGUGCAAGCUGUCACGCACUACACAGAUCCCAAGGUGAUAGCUGAGGUGAGCUGUGGGCUGGGCGAGGCUAUGGUUGGAAUUAACUGCUCCUUCGAUAUCAAGGAGAGAUACGCUGCACGCUCUGAAUAA